AUGGAUUCGAAAAGAUCUUUUACCGACAUAAUUACAAGGGGUUAUAAUCCUGCUGCUUUGUUUGAUAAUGUCCCAACUCCUAUUGAAACGCCAGCAUGUGAUGAGGCCCUAGCAAGUGUGAAAGGGAGUAAGAAAAGGUCCAAGAAUUUCAGUAAAGACGAGGACGAAAUGUUGGUCUCAGCGUGGCUAAAUGUGAGUUUGGAUCCCGUGCACGGAGUUGAUCAAUCACGUUCGACUUAUUGGAAAAGAAUAUAUGAUUAUUUUCAUAUCAACAAGACAUUUGAUUCUGAUCGAACGCAAAGCUCCCUAAUGAGCCGAUGGUCUGGUAUUCUACAUGAUGUGAACUUAUAUGUUGGUUGCGUUUCAAAGAUAAAGGCUAGAAAUCAAAGUGGUUUAUCUAUCGCUGAUAAGUCUGAGGAUAAACAACACCGGAAUUUCCCUUACCUCCAUUGCUGGGAAAAAUUGAAAGACAAGGCCAAGUGGAAAAAUAGAAGCAAUCAGAGUGGAACGACUUCAAGGAAAAAACAAAAGACCACGACGAAUUCAAGUCCUGCAAUGGCUGCACAAUUAGUUGUCACUGCUAAUGGUGAAGAGAGUCAGGCAACAAUGCCUACAGUGGACAGACCUACAGGGACGAAGAAAGAGAAAGACAAAUUACGAUAA